UGCUUUCAGAAAGAGAUAAAUAUAUAGAAAAGGAUACAAAUUGAAACAGCAGCAACAGCCGCAAAAGCCACGCCCACAAAAUGACGCUGCGCAUAUCGGUGAAAUCGAGAAAUCAUCUUGGACUCAUUAUUUAUGGCUUUGUCUGGCUGCUGAUAACGACAACAACAUCAACAAUGCCAUCCAUCGAAGCUGGACGAAUUUUCGACGUCACGAAUCUGGACUACGUCAAGGUAACGGCCGAGGCUGGCAAGAACGUGACCAUACCCUGUCCGGGCGUCACAGAGCACUCGCUGGUGGACACUUUGGUCUGGAAGACAGCGUCGACGACAAUCGCACAGUUUGCCAAUCGCAUUCCGUUGCUCCACAGCCCCAGGAUUCAACUGUUAUCGGACAAUUUCGGCCUGCAGUUCGCCCCGGCCCUGGCGAGCGACACAUCGGAGUACAUUUGUCUAGUCAACGAUCGGCAUAUACCAGAGGCCAUUGUUGAUCUGCUGGUGCAGGAUGUGCCCGAUCCACCGGAGCGUCCUUUGUUAAUAAGUUUCACAUCACGCUCCGUGAACUUAUCCUGGGCGCACUCCCAGCAUCCACGGAAUGCGCCAGUGACGCAUUUCAUUAUUGAAACUCGCGAGGGCGAGGAUGGCAUCUGGGAUCAAGUGUCGCGCAUCUAUACCAGAACCAAUGCGACUUCAUAUCAGGUGACGGGCCUCACUCCGUUCACCGUUUACAGCUUCCGUCUGCUGGCCGUCAACAAGCUGGGCGUCAGUCCGCCCUCCAAGGAGUCCUACUACAUUGUGACGCUGCGUGAAGCGCCCACAGGCAAGCCGAUACCCACCACGGCGCACAACACCUCAUCCAGCUCGGUGUACAUCUCGUGGAAGCCGCCGGCGCCCGACACCAUUCUGGGCGAGUUUCUGGGCUAUCGCAUAACAUAUCGUCCACGCGAUCGCAGCCCCAACGAUACCAAGGAAAUCUAUAUACGCGACAAUACAGUGGAGAGCCACGAGAUACAGAAUCUGGAAACCUACACGCAGUACAAGGUCACCGUGCAGGUGUUCAACCCAGAAGGGCUCGGCCCAGAGACAACCAUACUGGUGAUGACCGAUGAAGGAGUGCCAAGCAAACCUCAGAAUCUCACCGUUCUAGAUGUCUCCGCAAAUAGCAUCACAAUGUCCUGGCAUCCGCCAAAGAAUCAAAAUGGCGCCAUCGCCGGCUAUCAUGUCUUUCACAUCCACGACAACCAGACGGGCGUUGAAAUUGUCAAGAACUCACGCAACUCGGCCGAAACUCUGAUACACUUCGAACUUCAAAAUCUGAAACCCUUUACCGACUAUCGCGUCAUUGUCAAAGCGUUCACCACAAAGAACGAGGGCGAACCCUCCGAUCAGAUUGCCCAGCGUACGGAUGUGGCCGGACCCAGUGCCCCGGCGAUUGUAAAUCUGACGUGUCAUUCGCAGGAGUCGAUUACGAUACGUUGGAAGCGACCCUACGAGUUCUACAACACCAUCGACUUUUACAUCAUCAAGACCCGACUCGCCGGCCAGGAUACGCAUCGUGAUAUACGCAUCAAUGCAUCUGCCAAGGAGCUAGAAACAGCGCUGAUUUUACAAAAUCUGACAACGAAUUCCUACUACGAGGUCAAAGUGGCAGCAGCCACGUUCAGCGUUAUAAAUCCCAAGAAAAUAGUCUUGGGUAAAUUUUCGGAAUCACGAAUUAUACAAUUGCAGCCGAACUGCGAGAAGCUGCAGCCACUGUUGAGGCAAUCGCACAACGACUACAACUUGGCCGUCCUGGUGGGCAUCAUUUUCAGCUGCUUCGGCAUCGUUCUGAUUGUCAUGGCCUUCUUCCUGUGGAGCAGAAAGUGCUUCCAUGCGGCUUACUACUACCUGGACGAUCCGCCACAUCAUCCGAAUGCGCCGCAGGUGGACUGGGAGGUGCCCGUCAAGAUCGGAGAUGAGAUACGUGCGGCGGUGCCCGUAAAUGAAUUCGCUAAGCAUGUGGCGUCGCUGCAUGCGGACGGGGAUAUUGGUUUUAGUCGCGAGUACGAGGCCAUUCAGAACGAGUGCGUCACCGAUGAUCUGGCCUGCGAGCACUCGCAGCAUCCGGAGAACAAGCGCAAGAACCGCUAUCUCAACAUUACAGCCUACGAUCACAGUCGCGUCCAUUUGCAUCCCACGCCUGGCCAGAAGAAGAACUUGGACUACAUCAAUGCCAACUUCAUCGACGGAUACCAGAAGGCGCACGCCUUCAUUGGCACCCAGGGCCCCUUGCCCGACACCUUCGAUUGCUUCUGGCGCAUGAUCUGGGAGCAGCGCGUGGCCAUCAUCGUCAUGAUCACCAAUUUGGUGGAGCGCGGACGGCGCAAGUGCGAUAUGUAUUGGCCGAAGGAUGGCGUCGAGACCUAUGGCGUUAUACAGGUGAAGCUGGUCGAGGAGGAGGUCAUGUCCACGUACACGGUGCGCACGCUGCAAAUCAAGCACCUCAAGCUGAAGAAGAAGAAGCAGUGCAAUCUGGAGAAACUUGUCUAUCAAUAUCACUAUACCAACUGGCCGGAUCAUGGCACCCCGGAUCAUCCAUUGCCCGUGCUGAACUUCAUCAAGAAGUCCUCAGCUGCCAAUCCCCCCGAUGCCGGUCCAAUCGUAGUCCACUGCAGCGCUGGCGUCGGUCGCACUGGCACCUACAUUGUACUGGACGCCAUGCUCAAGCAGAUCCAGCAGAAGUCGAUUGUGAAUGUGUUUGGCUUCUUGCGUCACAUCCGCGCCCAGCGAAACUUCCUUGUCCAGACCGAGGAGCAGUAUAUAUUCCUGCACGAUGCGCUCGUCGAGGCGAUCGCCUCGGGCGAGACCAAUCUGACAGCAGAGCAAGUCGAGGAGCUCAAGAACUGCACUCCGUACUUGGAGCAGCAGUACAAGAACAUCAUACAAUUCCAGACAAAGGACAUACACAUCGCCUCCGCCAUGAAGCAGGUGAACUCGAUUAAGAAUCGCGGCGCCAUCUUCCCCAUUGAGGGCAGUCGCGUCCAUUUGACACCCAAGCCGGGUGAGGAUGGCAGCGAUUACAUAAAUGCCUCGUGGCUGCAUGGCUUCCGGCGUCUACGUGACUUCAUUGUCACCCAACAUCCCAUGUCGCACACGAUAAAGGACUUCUGGCAAAUGGUCUGGGACCACAAUGCACAGACCAUCGUGCUGCUCUCCUCGCUGGAUGAUAUUAACUUUGCCCAGUUCUGGCCGGAUGAGACCACGCCCAUCGAGAGCGAUUAUUAUCGCGUCAAAUUCCUGAACAAAGUCAACAAAAGCGACUAUGUAAGCCGCGAUUUUGUCAUCCAGUCCAUACAGGACGACUAUGAGCUCAGUGUCAAAAUGCUCCAUUGCCCCAGCUGGCCCGAGAUGUCCAAUCCGAAUAGCAUCUAUGACUUCAUCGUCGAUGUGCAUGAGCGCUGCAAUGACUAUCGCAACGGACCCAUUGUUGUGGUCGACAGAUAUGGCGGCGCCCAGGCGUGUACCUUCUGCGCCAUCUCCUCGCUGGCCAUUGAGAUGGAGUACUGCAAUACGGCGAACGUGUAUCAGUAUGCCAAGCUUUAUCAUAACAAGCGACCCGGCGUCUGGACCUCCAGCGAGGAUAUACGCCUCAUCUACAAUAUACUGUCCUAUUUGCCAGGCAAUCUCAAUUUAUUGAAGCGCACGGCGCUGCGCACGGAAUUCGAGGAUGUGACAACGGCCACGCCGGAUCUCUAUAGCAAAAUUUGCAGCAAUGUUGCUCCAUCAUCCAUUACACCCACACCCAGCAAUGACAUGCCCAAUCCAACAGCAACAACAACAACAACAACAACAUCUACAACAGUCCCAAUACCAACAACAAUAACAACACCAACAACAAUCGCCACAGCCACAACCACACCAACAACUGAUUUAACCCAUACUAAUGCUAAUUUUACCACUGUUACUAACAAUGCUGCCGAUGUGCCGCCAAUAAUUGCUGUAAAUUGUGAUGAACUGGUUCAACAACAACAUCAACAACAACAAAUGCUCGCGCUGAUACAACAACAAACCCAACUGCAACAACAAUAUAAUACGCAUCAACAACAACAACAAUUGGAAAAUGCCAACUGCCUGCAUGUUGAUGAACUGAUCCACCCAACAACGGCCACUCCACCAACACCAACAACAACCMUGUGCAACAACAACAACAACAUCAACAACCUGCAACAACCGCUUAAUCCAGCAGUCACAGAUGCUCAAAACUUAGAUAUUGUAGCUUAGAAAUAAACA